CACCAUCGCUUCCACCAUCGGCCAGAAUUAUACACAUGAUUACUGGAGGAUUGAAAGUAGGGGGUUUGAGCUCCAAGCAGAGAAAAUUGUAUGUUAGGGAGGUGAAGCAUCAAAACCGAGCCCAGAAACAAAAGUUUGACGACGCUGAUUGGAAGAACCAACCAAUCACUUUCACAUCUGCUGCUUUCGAUACAGUUGUCACACAUCAUAAUGAUCCCCUAGUCACUUUCAUUAUGAUUAACUACUGUGAAGUACAACAUGUCCUUGUUGACACAAGGAGUGCACCAGACAUUAUGUACUUUCAUUGUUUUGAGAGUCUCGGGCUGGAUCCAGCUUUGUUGCAGAGAGCAAAGCUCAUAGCUUUCCUCCGAGCUAACAAAGAUGUCUUCGCUUGGACCUCAACAGACAUGCUAGGGAUCCCAACCUCGGUUAUAAAAGAAGAGGUAGAGAAGCUCCUACAAGUUGGUUUUGUCAAAAGAGUUGAUUACUACGAAUGGGUGGCUAACCUGGUGUUGGUCAAAAAGACAAAUGGUAAAUGGCGAAUGUGCAUUGACUACACAAAUCUCAACCAAGCUUGUCACAAGGACUGCUAUCCAAUGCCAAGCAUUGACAAACUGGUUGAAGCAGCUUCUGGAAAUGAGAGAUUAAGUCUCUUGGAUGCAUAUUCUGGUUACCACCAAGUGUCGAUGGCUCCAAAGGAUAAAGAGAAAACAUCGUUCUAUAUCGGUAGGAAUCUGGAAGUUUAUGUUGAUGACAUCAAUGUGAAGAGCUUAAAGGCAGAGGAUCACCUUGCCGACCUUGAUGAAAUAUUCAAUAAUCUCAGGAAGAACAAAAUACGAUUGAAUCCAGCAAAGUGCAUCUUCGGCGUAAAAUUUGGGAAAUUUCUAGGAUUUAUGGUUUCCCGGAGGGGGAUUGAGCUUAACCCGAAAAAGAUCAAAGCAAUAGCCGAGAUGGAACCACCAAAGUUGGUGAAAGAUAUACAGAGAUUAAUAGGAAAGGUAGUAGCUCUUCACAGAUUCAUUUUGAAGUCAGCAAAUAAGUGCCUGCCAUUCUUCAAGAUUAUGCGAUCAGUAGCCCAGAAGGAUGAAUCUAGCAAACAGAAGAAGUUUGAAUGGAACCAAGAGUGCCAAGCUGCAUUUGAUGAGUUGAAGUCUUAUCUUAGCUCACCGCCCUUGCUGACAAAGGCUAUGGAUGGAGAAAUUCUCUAUUUGUACCUCGAUAUUUCUGAUGAAGCAAUCAGUUCAAUGCUGAGGUCCGCAAUCCGAGCUCAAGCACUAGUAGAUUUCAUCGUGGAAUGCACCCCAUGUCAUUCAAACCCGAACCCUGAGCUAAGCAACUGGACCUUAUAUGUUGAUGAAGCAUCCAGUAGCAAGGGUUCAGGAGCGGGUGCUCUCUUAAUUGGCCCAGAGGGAUAUCGAAGUGAGCAUGCUUUGAAGUUUAACUUUGAUGCAACUAAUAACAUGGCUGAAUAUGAAGCUCUGCUACUUGGUCUACAACUCGUGUUAAAGUUGAAAGUCAUGGCCAUUAAAGUUUAUAGUGACUCGCAGCUUGUGGUUAAUCAAGUCAACUCAGUCUGCGAAAUUGUUGAUCUUGUCAUGACGAAGUAUGUGGCCCUGGUGGUUGUAUAAUACACCUCCCUAGGCACUCUUAGUCCUAGAAGAGUUCGAAAACAAAAUUUAUAGUAAAGAAUUGCAGCGGAAAUAAAAACACUUAUGAUAU